AUGGCGCUAGGGCUCCACGGUGGACACGGGGCCUCGGGGCAGGGGCUAGCCUUGGAGACCUCAACUACGGCAACAGCAGCUUCCGGUGCAGUGGGCUCCCGCCGCUUCCUGCUCUGUCUCUACCUGGUGGGGUUUUUGGAUUUGUUCGGUGUCAGUAUGGUUGUCCCAUUGUUGAGUCUUCAUGUCAAGUCCCUUGGAGUAAGUCCUAUAGUUGCUGGAGUGGUGGGCUCCUCUUAUGGGAUUUUGCAGUUCUUCUCCAGCACCUUUGUGGGCUGCUGGAGUGAUGUGGUUGGAAGACGGUCCUCCUUGCUGGCGUGCAUUCUGCUCAGUGCCCUGGGUUAUCUCCUACUUGGAGUGUCCACCAACGUGUUCCUGUUUACUCUGGCUAGAGUCCCUGCGGGUAUUUUUAAACACACCCUCUCCAUCUCCAGGGCACUGCUUUCUGACCUGGUCACAGAGAAGGAACGACCCUUGGUCCUGGGACAGUUCAACACAGCCUCAGGCGUGGGCUUCAUCCUGGGCCCUGUUGUUGGCGGGUAUCUGACGGAGCUGGACGGUGGGUUCUAUGUGACGGCUCUCAUCUGCUGCUCAGUCUUCCUUCUCAAUGCUGGUCUCGUUUGGGUGUUGCCUUGGAGAGAAACAACCCUCAAGAGCGCAGAGGAUGCUUGGAGCUCGGAUGAGAAGCACGCUACAGUGCCCAAAGAGUCAGCAGGUACAAGGCAAGGAGCAGCCACCUCCACUAAGGCCAGGAGGAGUGAGAAGAAAGUGCAGAAGCCCUGGCUUGAAGUCAUGUCGGCCUUGAAGGACAUGAAGAGCCUCCUAUUUUCUGCACUGUGGGACAUAUUUCUCGUGCGCUUGCUGAUGGGGGUGGCUGUCAUGCUGUACUACAGUAAUUUUGUCUUGGCCCUGGACGAGCGUUUCGGGGUGCGACCGAAGACCACCGGGUACCUCAUCAGCUACACCAGUGCCCUGGGCACCCUGGCUGGCUUCGCCGUGGGGCCCAUUCUCCGACUGUACAAACACAACUCGCACAUGGUCCUGCUGCACUCCAGUGCCCUCACCUGCUCGCUGCUGCUGCUCUACUCCGUGGCCGGCACCAUGCAUGUGGUGGUCCUUUCCUCCACGCUUCUGUCCUUCUCCACCUCCAUCGGGAGGACCUGCAUCACUGACCUCCAGCUGAGUGCCGGCGGGGCCCAGGCCAGCGGCACCGUCAUAGGUGUGGGCCAGUCCGUGACCGCAGUGGCUCGUGUCAUUGCUCCUCUCCUCUCAGGGGUUGCCCAGGAGCUCAGCCCCUGCGGCCCCCCAAGCCUGGGUGCUGCUUUAGCCCUGGUGGCAGUUUUAAUCAUGUCACGAAACAAACCUCAUUCCAGUGGGCACGGGAAUGAGAAACUAAAACCGGAGUAGGGCAGAUGGGGAGCCCAUAGAGAAGCUGAGUUAGAAGCGGGCAAAUCAGGGACAAAGACUGGUUGGUCAGAAGGGCACUUCAGGGAGGGCGCCUUGUCUAAAUGCAGUCAUGGCUGCGGCCAGCCCUCACCUGCACAGGGAUACCAGCAGGACCGCCACAAGUCAACCACAGACAGGAAAGUUUAGGUUGAGCACAGCUCGGCCCAGCAUCCCAUCAGUAUUCAAAGCUUACCUGAAUGGCUUCUCUUCCCACCUGGGCCAGUAGAGUUAACAUUUGCUUCCUGGAAAGGCAGCAGCUGCAGAGAGGUGAAAAUAGUGGUGGCAGGGGCAACUGGCUUGCGGGAGGAUGGAAGAAGCAAUGUCCCAGUGAAACAGAGCUGCCAAGUUCAUCUCAUGUUGGUCAGUUUGGUGCAAUGCAGAUUUUCUGUUAAACCCAGAAGCCAAAAGUUGCUUCCCUAUCAAAAUCCCAGAGACUGGAGGAGCCGCUUUAUUUAAAUCAAGCUGUUGCUUUCUCCACUGGUAAAAUCUCAGAUGCUGAACUCACCCCCAGACACAUAGAUGCACAGGCCUUUCAAGGCCAGAUGUGGGGUUUUAAACACUGGUGGUCAUUUCCCAUGGGUGUGAGGGACAGCUGAGGGCUGAUAGACUUAACUCAUUUUGAUUAAAGUAAAAGCUAGGGACUGUGCUGUUUUUAUA